AUGCUUAACCAACACUCCCAGGUGGGCAUUGCUCAGAUUGUCUUCUAUGUUCCGGCCGUCCUUGCAGCGAUAACCUUGUUUCUCUUUCGAAAACAAGUCAAGGGACUCCCACGCUUUGCGUGGUAUGUCCUUACCUUAUUCACUUUGGUUCGUCUUGCGGGCGGCAUAGUUGUCAUUCUAUACGAGAACAACUCCUCGUCCACGGGUCUGGCAAUCGCAUCUGUGAUCCUCCUCAAUGCAGGCGUAUUUCCAUGUAUUGCGGCUACAAUUGGGUUCAUCAAGAUCAUGUUGGUUCAAAACACAUUCCCUGAUCUAGUUUUUGCGACAACCUUUUCUAAGACAAUGCCCCACAGUACACACAUUGACUAUAAACAUGACCGCGUUUUACACUAUCUCGUCGUCACCUCCCGACUCCUCUUCCUUGCGGGCAUCGGCCUUCUUGUCGGUGGUGGCGUCCUGGAAGGAAACUACAAUGAUCAAAGCUCGGUUCAGACCGGAAUAAAACUCUCACGCGCAGGAUAUUGUGUCGUCGCUGCCUUUGUCGGAACCCUGCUCCUUUUUCUCGCGUUUUUCUGGGUGAAGAGACAGACAUUGUCCAGCACUAGCCUUCUGGUUCUUCGAGGCGUAACUAUGGCAGUGCCUUUUUUCAUUGUUCGACUAACGUAUGCCUUUCUCUCAGUAUAUCGUGGCGCCGAGGACAAGACUUGGGAUUCGCUGAGUGGGCCGAUUGCGCCAUUUUUGGUGAUGGGCUUGCUCAUGGAGUAUUUUGUUGUGGUGAUUUAUCUAUACACGGGCUUUAAGAUCAAGAAGACAGUCGAUGUUGUUCCUGACGGGGAGAUUUUGGCAUUAGCGAAGUAG